AUGCUGCGUACCGCUUUCGUGUUGGGCGCCACUGGGGCCGUUGGCACGCAGCUAGUGGAGGCUUUGGUGAAAUCAAAGCAGUUUAAGAAGAUUGUUGUAAUUGGAAGAAGAAAAAUCCCACAAGAGAAUGAAUCUAUAGUGAGCAAGAAAGUUUUUAAGGAACAAGUGAUUGUGAAUUUUGAUGAAAUUGAGAAGCAUCCUGGUGCAUUCAAAGACGCGGAUGUAGGCUUCUGCGCACUUGGCACGACUAGGGCCAAAGCAGGGAAGGAAGGUUUUUACAAAGUUGAUCAUGACUACGUUGUAAACUCGGCAAAAGUGGCGAAGGAUCAAGGCAAGCUCUUGAUAUGUUUAAGAUUACUUCUCGCUUUUUCUCACGAAUUUAAUAAUAUGCCUAUUCUAUACGUCUCACUCAGUCAUCUCAUUUUUUUAGGUGUGAAGGAGUUCAUCCUAGUUUCUUCUGCUGGCUCCAAUGAAAAUUCAUUCUUCCUCUAUCCGAAAACCAAGGGAGAAACUGAACGAGAUAUUGACGCUCUUGGCUUUGAAAAGUUUCUUAUCAUGCAU